UAGGAAAUGGCAGAUACAGUCAAAUUAGUUAAUUCAGAGAAUUUGAAACAUCUGCGGUAGAAAACUGAGGCCAUUCAGACACACUUCAGGAACAGUCACCAAAACUGAAGCAUUGUACAGAGUCCUAGGUCAGCAGUGAGAUGAAAGACCUACUCUAUGAACGGUACAUGUUUCAUCCUGCCCUGAGCCUCCCCCACCCCUGCUUCCAUUGGGCAUAAGCACCUGUGCCAUAUGACCACCUUUAAUCUCCCAAAACUGCACUCCAAAGACAGCGAAUGAGCUUAAGAUACCUGUAGACCUGCACAGAAGGGAAACAUCAGGACACAGCUACCUCGAAGGGAAAAACAUUUGUCUUCUGAUGUGAGAAAUUACAUCUUUCUUUUGGCAACAGUGAGGGUCUCUAGCCUACCUGAAAGCUCCAUGCCAUGUUCCCGCAAAGGAGGCCACUGAAUAAUUGACACGCUCUGCCCUCCCAUUCCAAGGAGGAGACUGUAAGUGAAAUGGAUGUCCGAACUCCAGAGCUUAUCCGUGCUAAUUACCGAGGCUAAUCAAAUGAGUCCUUUCUUCCUAAGUUUAAAUGAACAAAAAGGCUUGCCAGACAUUGAGGAAAGUAAAAGAGAAGAUCAUGAUGAACAAACACAACUAUUUCUGCAGAAAAAGCAAAUAUAAUACAGGAAACAGAAUAAAUUCAUAUUCUCAGAAUUUUAAGGAAGAUAGUGGGUUUAUAAAAUGAGAGCAGGGUGCUAUAAGAAAGAGCAAUUAGAGAACAAGAGAAAGUCCUUGGAAGAUAAAAAUAUUAUUGCAAAAUUUAAAGAUUAAUAGAUGCCAGAUGCUCAGCGCAGUCGGCCUACCUCACCCAGGCCUGGAUGAAACCUGGAACACAGGUUUCGUGCCCCGCCCUCCGUGCACAUCAACCCUCCCAAUCCCCCCCCCCCCCCGGUAACGGAACCGGAACCUCCUUUCCCCCUCCCAAACCCGGGUAAUGGGCCGCCCUUUCCGUCCAUCCCAAAGCGGCCGCCCUCUUCGACCACAUGGGACCGCUCCGAGGCAGCUACCGCAGGCUCCGCGGCCUUGCUUUCUCGCUCGCCACGCUGCCCACGCCGCCCUCUCAGGUGCGCCAGAACUACCACCGCGACUGCGAGGCCGCUGUCAACAGCCAUUUCACCCUGGAGCUCCACGCCUCUUUCGUGUGCCUGGCCCUGGCCUUUUACCUCGACCGCGACGACGUGGCCUUGAAGCACUUCACCCGGUUCUUCCUGCACCGCUCCCACGAGCACAGCGGGCGGGCCCAGGGCCUGAUGGGUCUACAGAACCAGCGUGGGGGCCGCCUCCACUUCCAAGACAUCAGGAAGCCAGACAGUGACGAGUGGAAGAGUGGCCUCAAGGCCAUGAAGUGCGCCUUGUUCCUGGAGAAGCUCGUGAACCAGAGCCUGCUCCACCUGCACCAGCUGGCCAUCGACAUGAGCGACCCCCACCUGCGCCACUUCCUGGCAACUCACUACCUCCGCCAGCAGGUGGCGUUCAUCAGCGAGCUGGAGGGUCAUGUCACCAGCCUGAGCAUGAUGGGGGCCCCGGACGUCGACCUGGCAGGGUCCCUCUUUGACAAGCUCACCCUGGGCGACAGCGACAAGAACUGAGCGUGGACUGGACUUCCCCAGAGCCACGGGGUGACCAGAGCGCUGGUCACUGUGCCUGCCAUGCACAUGGCAAUAGUGCCCUUGCAGAAGAAAUUCGAUUUUUUUUUUUUUUUUUGCAACAAGUGCAGGACUCUUUUCCUGGACUUUAUCACUUAAGUUUUUUUCUUCCAGUUUUUCCGUUUCUUCCA